UUCCCCCCAUCCCCACAUAGCUCUCUAUAUUAUAUAUGUUGCCUCUCCUCUCUCUUUCCCUCCACAUCUCUCCUCCUCCCUCUACCACUCUCUUUCUAGUUCCAAGAGAGAGUGGAGGAUUGGAGAUGGCAGGCUGCAAUGAAGAGAACAAAGCUCCACAAAGAGAAGAGGCGUCAAUGGAGAAGAAGUAUGGUGGAAUUGCACCUAAAAAGCCCUUAAUCUCGAAGGACCAUGAGCGUGCCUAUUUUGAUUCCGCUGACUGGGUUCUUGGCAAGCAAGGAGCAAAUAACAACACAAGGAAUGCCAUCGAAUACUUGAAGCCCAAGUUGAAGCGAACACCGCAUCAUCAGCUCCCUCCCCGAAAGCCUACAUUUACAUCCAGUGGCGAGAAUAGGGCUUAGCUAGCUAUAAAAGAUUGAGGAGGUUGAUGAUGGUUAUCACUUUGUAAGUUCAGAUGUGAAUGCAACGGCGACGAUUGAUAUGUAUAUAAUUAGUAAUAACAUCUGAAAAUGGAGUGCCUCUGUUAUCACAGUCCUGGGUAUUAAUUGAAGUUCUAAUUUGAUAUGGUAGUAUUACUUGUUGCUUCUUGUGCCCUUUGGCCCCAUCUUUUCAUUAAUGUCCUCCUAUGUUAACCUGCCUAAAAUUUGCACAAAAACAUGGGUUUCCUUUGGA